UUCGUCGACCGUCGAUCUCUUCCCCCUCUUUCAUCUUUCCCUGUAAUUUUCUAUUCAUCUUCCUACUUCCGUUUCUCCUCUUUAUUUCAUCCCUAAUCGAUCAUGGAUUUAUGGUUUCGUUUCGUCUUCUUAUUUUGCUUCUUAUUUAUACCAAAAUCCCCUUUCAUUUUCGCCACCCUAAUCGAAAAUUCCUUUUCCUUACCGAAGAACCAUGUCGACAAAGCCAAACGGCAAAUCAAUCAUCUCCUCCUCCGAUGACAAUGGUGAUAAUAAAAACAGAUCUAAUUCACUUAUCUCCGCCGCGGCGAAAGCAAAGGGCAAGGCGCAUGUUUCCUCCAAUGACAAUCGCGAAGUUAUGUUUUUCAACGAAGUAUCCCUGGACCCUCAAGAAGCCGAUUUGCGGUUUCGUCUGAUUCACUUCUGGGAGGCUCGAAACCCACUGAAGAAGACUCUGAUCGGUCUUGAGAUGCUUCUCAUCGAUAAACAGCUUAUGAAUACUUUGAAGCAGGCUGUGAUAUGCAAGGUGAUCUUUUCGAUGUGAUUGGACACUUAAAAUUGGUCAACGGCCAGAGUCUCAAUGAGCGUCCCUUCAUUGACGAUGCCGAGCUCGCAACCACCCGCCGUAUAUUGGUGCAUGUGCAGUCUCAUGAGUAAGUGUUUACGUUUACUAUUUUUAAAAUCACACACACUAUGCUAUUUUUUGAACAUAAAUGUUUAUUGCUUGCAUGAGACCUGUUAUGACGCUCAAUCUUGGGGACCAAGCUGCUUUUGAUUUUCGCAAGAAGUUUAGAUCUUCUAAGAACACUCCUUCCGUAAUUUUGGUGACUACUGUUUACCCCAAGUGUGUAGAAGAUAUGCAUUUUUACUUUCUUGAACUGAGUAGCACCUUACAUUUCCUAAGUUCUCUAUCAUUUAAUAACCACAUAUAUUUUA